GCUGCCAUGUUGGAUGUACGCAUCGCCGCUGCAGCUGCUGGAGUUUCCGAAUGAAAGUAAAGCUUUUAUCCGCGCAUAUACAGACAAAUAGCCGUUAUUUGCUUACUUAAUGCCAAACGGAGAAGUUCAGGUUUCUUCUUAAGCAGUAGCAAGCCUGGAAAACACCCCCGUCCUCCUCCGCCCUCCAGCCGGGAGUCCGAAUCAGCGGAGAUGAUCCGGUUGCAGGCCACAGCAACCGGAGCCCGCAUGGAUUUUCUCUAAUUAGCAGUGUUUGCUGAGUCCGUCCGGGCAUAACUGCAUCGUUUCGGGGUUAACUCGAAGAAUUCGGAGCCAUGAACAGCCACCCGCCGCCUCGCAGGUCUGUUAACGUCGGCUCCAUCCUCCUGACCCCGCAGGAGAACGAGUGCCUGUUCGGCUACCUGGGAAGGAAAUGCGCCACUCUGUGUUCGGCGGUGGUCCAGGUCUACGGCACAGACCGGAGCUGCAGCUGGGUAAAGAGGUGCUGUGGAGUGGCCUGCCUGGUCAAAGACAACCCACAGAGGUCCUACUUCAUCAGAGUGUUUGACAUCAAGGAAGGGAAAACCAUGUUUGAACAGGAACUGUACCACAACUUCUCCAUCAGCAGCUCCAGGUCCUACUUCAUCUCAUUUGCAGGAGAUACCUGUCAGAUCGGUCUGAACUUCGCCAGUGAAGAAGAGGCCAAACGAUUCAGAGCCGCCAUCAACGACCUGCUCAACCGACGACAGCGCAAGACCGAGAAGAGAGGUGACCCUAAAAAUGGUCCAGCUCUGCACAUGGCCACAGUGGACAUCAAGAACCCGGAGAUCAACAAUGUCCGAUUCCACAACUCCCACAGCCACCAGCAGCCGUACCACCUCAACAACAUGCUGAGCCACGGCGGACUGAACCGAAAGGACAAGAAGACCAAAGGCAAGAAGAAGAAGCUGACCAAGGCUGACAUCGGCACGCCCAGCAACUUCCAACACAUCGGUCAUGUGGGCUGGGAUCCAAACACAGGUUUCGAUCUCAACAACCUGGACCCUGAACUCAAGAACCUGUUCGACAUGUGCGGCAUCUCUGAGGCUCAGCUGAAGGACCGAGAGACGUCCAAGGUCAUCUACGACUUCAUCGAGAAGAAGGGAGGGGUGGAGGCCGUCAAGAACGAGCUGAGGAGGCAGGCGCCCCCUCCACCUCCUUCUCGUGGCGGCGCACCUCCUCCUCCUCCGCCCCCCCACAGCUCAGCUCCACCCCCUCCUCCUCCUCCUCCUUCCAGAGUUGGACGGGGAGCCCCUCCUCCCCCUCCUCCGUCCAGAGCCCCCGCCUCAGCUCCUCCUCCUCCGCCUCCCUCCAGACCAGGAACUCUGGGUGCCCCUCCUCCUCCACCUCCUCCCACCAGGGGAGGUCACCAGCCCCCUCCUCCUCCACACCAUCACCAUCACCAGCCUCCCCCUCCUCCUCCCGCCCACGCCUCUCUCGCCCCCCAAGCCCCGCCCCCACCACCUCCCCCAUUGGCCCAGCAGUCUCCAGUAGGCAGCUCCACCCCUGCUCCACCUCCUCCUCCUCCUCCACCACCUCCCCCUCCCGGCCCCCCUCCCCCUCCGGAGCUGGACGGCAUCGGCGGAGGCGGAGACUCUCCUCAUUCGCCGAGCCCCGGCGGGAAGUCGGCGCUGCUGGAGCAGAUCAGAGGAGGAACUCAGCUGAAGAAGGUGGAGCAGAACCACCGAGCGCCGGCCUCCGGCGUGGGACGAGACGCCCUGCUGGACCAGAUCCGACAGGGGAUCCAGCUCAAGACCGUGUCGGAUCAUCCAGAGUCCGGUCCUCCAACGCCGGCUCCCGCUGCCGGCAUCGUGGGCGCCCUCAUGGAGGUGAUGCAGAAGAGGAGCAAAGCCAUCCAUUCCUCAGAUGAAGACGAGGAUGACGACGAGGACGAGGACUUCGAAGACGACGACGAGUGGGACGACUGAUCCUUCGUCUCCCCCCUGCGCGCCUACCGCUGACACUAAAAUCUCUCCUUCAGCUCUUCCAGCGUCUGACUCGAACUGUCAUGUAAAUGUUGUUUGAACCGGCUGUGUAUUUAUUUUUGCCUUUUUGCUUUUUGUUUUUUUAUGACUCUUCUAAUUAAUCUGUGCAAUACCUCAUCCGUCACGCCGCCUCGUCGUCGAAGACGUUCCCGCUGUUAGAAAGCACUUAACGCCGCCAUCAGCACGGCGGCGGAGACGCAGCCGGCGCCGUGUCAUCACAGAUAAUCAAUAACAAAAAGACCACGUGGCGUCCUCGUGUGCUCCGCGGGAAACAUCUGUCCUCAUUUCUUCGUGUUUUCAUUCCUCGUCAGAGAAACUGAGAAGGGAGACGUGCGCGCGACCAAACAGGCAGGAUCCUCUUUGUGUUUGACCGCGGUCGCUUUAAAUGCGAGAUAACACUAUUUUCUUACCGUGCUUCUUCACGUACCUCCGAGUUUCCGAAUAAUUCGUAGUUUAGUCGUGUUAUUUUCUCAUAAAUCCUUUGACCAAAUUGCGGCGACUCGUCGCCAAAUGUGGAUUUCCAGCUUUUAUUUUUUAUGAAAUUAAAGACGUUUAUUUGCACACACUUUAUACCGUAGUUCAGUUUUGUGUUUUGUUUUUCGGGUGUGCGUUCUGUCAAACUUUCAGGCGUGUCACAGCGACGGCGACGCUUUCGAAAGCUGAAGGUUCUGCAAUAUGUUGACCUUUAACUGGGACUACAAACAUGGCCGACGGCGUUUCAGUGAAUGACAUGUCUGAACACGCACACACACUCUGUGGCAUUUGUGAAACGAUGGAAGUUGUGUUCUUGCGUCUGGUUGGUUGUUUUCGUUGUGACAUCAUUCCGUUAUUUCCUGCAGGAUGAAACUUCAGCAGCACUCGGGUCAGUAUUUCAAACACAUUUCAUGCAAAGACACUAAAAGAUCUAAAAACUCGUCCAUCCUCUGCCGUCCUUCACUUAACGAACUUUCAUUUUAUGCAACGCGACUGUAAACGCCUCCUCACGGAGAAUAAUAAUAAAAAAAAAGACGCAAAUAACAGCGAACCAAAUGUGGCAUCUGCAAGCAGCGUGUGGGUUCGGCGACGCUCCGCCAAGAGAAAACUGAUGCUCGUUUUAACUGCUCGUCUUAAAGAGUUCUUACCGUCCUCCGGGGGGGCUUAAUGCUGCAUCGAGAGGCCGAGAUACUGACAGAGAACCUGUGAACGGGG